AUGGCGCCAAAAAGAUCCAAUCAAUCUACUGACUACAGUCUUGGACUCUUGAAUAAUAUCAAUGUACUCGGGCGCGACACCGUGAAAAUACAGGACCCCAAAAGGCGCCGCACCACCCAUGCCGAUGUCUUUGAUCUUCCUAUUUCCCCCUCCCCGACAAAAUCUCGGAAGACCCCUCAAACCGAACCAAAAACUACAAGCCGGUUGAAUUUGCGAAACCGUACGGUGCUUAGAUUCACGCGACCGACUCCACCUCCUAACGUUUCCAACAAUGAAGAAGACAACGGGCUAAGCAACGACGAAUCCGGGUCAGGCGAUAGCGAGUCCGAAUUAAUUCAACAUGGUCUCAGUGGCAGCGGAGAGGAAGAGUUGUAUGAUAAUCGGGACGAGCUUCAGCGUCAGGCUGAACAUGAUCCGUUUCCCGAACCAGUCGAUCUGUUCCCAGCUGAAGAUGAGGAUCAAGCUGAUGAUCAGGUUGGAUACGAAGCUAGAAAUGCACAAGCAGAUGCAUCUAGAGGCGGAUACGAAGAUGAAGCCGAAGAAGAGAUAGAUACUGAAGCUGGAGAGGAACCUAGGAACGCACAAGACGAUGCAUCUGGAAACGGAUCUGAAUAUGAAGACGAAGAAGGGGCAGAUGAUCAAGCUGGAGAAGAAGCGAUAGACGCGCGAGACAAUGCGUCUGAAGACGAAUCCGAAUAUGAAGAUGAAGAAGAUGCAGAAGAUGCAGAAGAUGAAGAAGAUGAAGAAGAGACAGGCGAUCAUCCUCUAGCUGAGGUCCAGAAUCAUUCAACACCCACCCAGCAGAUCACAAUUGCAGACGCUCUCGAGGCGCAAAUCCUCGAGAGUGUACCAAUGAACCAAAAGGAUAGCAUACAUAUAAGUCGCGUGUCAGCAAAUGCUCAAGAAUCGCAAAAUGCCUCGUCGCAGCUUCAAGAAGUACCAGAGACACCAACAAUCCAGUCGGCCCGCCCAAAUCAGGACCAUCGAAGCACUCGCUCAGAUAUCUUCACGUGGCUGACCGAGACCACUAAAGAAUCCGGCUUCAAGGAUACCUGGGAAGCAAUCCGCAGAAUAAGAAAAGCUCUCAAGGCCCACGCUGAUCCCUUCACGAAAGAGCAUUUCAGGGGUAUCAUAAAGCUCAUUGAGCGGCUACGAGGUCUGUUCGAAACUAUGGCCAAGGAUCCUGCUUCAGCUUCUCCCUUGAAAAACCAGUGCAGGCUCAUCGCCAACAGCAUCUUUAAAGAAAACCAGUGGAUCGUUUACACCGAAGCUCCUGAGGAUGAAGAUGACGGUGCACACCUAGUCAAUCAGCUCGAGGCCCAUAUUGUUCCCCGAUUGAUUGACCUGAUCAUACUCGGAUUCAAGACCUACAAGACUAUAAAUGACCAGGGAGCGCGACAUUUUUGCAUUAUCCUGGAUUUGCUUUGGGGGUCCUGUGAUAGGAUAUCUUCUCUCGCCCAGAUGCAUUAUGAUAUUAGUGGGGGCGUGAUGGCUCAUUCUAAACUGGCGAUGCGACACGUGAAGACUCUCAAGGAUGCACUAAAAGACGGCCGGCUACGCGAGACACCUCAUCGUAUUCCCCAACGCCCUCUAGCGUACAGGCAAUUUGAGUUGGAAGAGGUCGAAAGCCAUAUUUCUUGUGGACGGUGGACCUCUGCAGAGAAGAGUGCACUCCGUGAUGGGUUACAAUUAUACGGGGGGGAAGAUCGAUAUAUCGAUAUCAAGUGUGACAACACAAUCGGCGGCCAACUCUCCGAGCGCAUCCUGCAAGAUAUCCAGGGCCAAGCAGUCAAACUCGGAUUGGAUGAUCGAUGA